AUGGAACACUCGAAGAUGGUGAAUGCGGUGUCGAUGGAGUCUUUGGACAACUGCUCGACCAUCUCCUCGUUGGAAGCUCCCUCACAGGUGGGUUUGGGUGUUGUAGUAUUGGGGGUGUUAAAAUAAUUCUGUGCUCUCUCUAAAAGAAAAAUUUUACAGUUUUGGGGCACAGAAUUAUUUGAACAACCUAAUGGAUAUAAAUUUAUGUUGCCAUAGACGAAAGGUUAUGUUGUAGUAGAUUAUAGGUUAUAUUGUAGUAGGUGAAACUUGUACUAGAUAUUGGAAUAGGUAAAAGCUGAUUUUAGAAUAGGUAAAAAGUUAAAUUUCAUAUCUACAAGCUUGAAAAAAUGUAUCACUUAUCCUUUUUUUAUAAUAAUAUGAUGAUUUAUAUAACUUCAGGUACGUACUCUGUUCGUUUCGGGUCUGCCGGUCGAUUGCAAGCCUCGUGAGCUCUAUCUCCUCUUCCGUGCCUACAAUGGCUACGAGAACUCACUCCUGAAAGUAACCAACAAAAAUGGCAAGAUCGGCGCUCCAGUUGGUUUCGUCACCUUUGCCACACGUCAGGAUGCUGACGAUGCAUGUAAGAAGCUUCAGAAUGUGCGAUUCGAUCCAGACACGAACACCGUGAUCCGUCUGGAGUUGGCCAAGUCUAAUACUAAGGUCCCAAAGCCAAAGCAGCCAUCUCCACCGAUCGUGUCACCAGCAGCCAUUGCGGCCGCUUUACUGCCAGGACAAAGCCAACCGGCGCAAUAUCUGACACAGACUCUGACUAAUCAAACAGCUGAGCUACAGGGACUGGUCGACCAUUUGACAUACUUCAAUGAUCAACCUUUGUUCGGUCUUCCAGUCAAUCCAUACUCUCAGUCGCUUCAUCUUCUCCCUAACGCAGCUCAAGCCAACGGCCAUAACCUCUUGAAUCAGCAAGCUUUGGCCGCUGCUUUUGCCCAAAUCCAACAGCAACAACAACAACUUCCGCUAAAUCAUCUGUUGGCAGCUGCAGCGCAACAGGCCGCUCCUCAGGUCAGUUCGAUGAAUCCGCCAUGUACAACAUUGUUCGUCGCCAACCUUGGCACGAAUGUGACAGAAGACGAGGUGAGGAACGCCUUCAAGCAGUACUCUGGCUUCUCGCGCAUCCGAAUGCAUCAUAAGGGCAGCUCGUCGUCGGUGGCCUUUGUGGAGUAUAUUACAGUACAUCACGCCGCCAUCGCACUACAAGGCCUACAGGGCUACCAGUUGAACAAUGGCAACUCGAUUCGGAUAGAAUACGCCAAAGCUAAGAUGGGGGAGACCAACAACAACACCGCCAACGGCAUCAAGGCUGAUGUUUAA